GUGUAAGUCGACCAAUCACAUAAGGUCUGCACUUGACCAAUUAGAUCCCCUGCAACAAAGAAUCGCGCAAGGCGUUGUCCGGCUCGGGAACUUCCGCUUUCAAUAAGCCAUAAACUCUGAACAACGCUGAUAACGUCAAUAUUUCCAGUCCGUUUGCCACGGCGCUUUCCAACUGCUUGUCUUCUUUCACACACACCAUCACCAAUUCGACCCGAGUACCAACUCCGCAACCUCUUGAACUCAACUCCCUCCUCUGUUCGCAUUUUAUAUUACCGGGACUCGAUCACUCGCCAUGUCGUCCCGUCUCGGCCUCCGCCACCUCGCCCGCCGCUCGUUCCUCUCCCGCACAUCCGCGCGCCUCUCUUCGACAACCCCUUUCUCAUCCUUUCCAGCACCACCCCGUCUCCCCGCCGACCAACAAGCCGAAUUUGAGCGCCUGCAACGAAGCGCCAAUACGCAAGAACCCAUUACCGCAUCAAUGAGCGACAGUCCAGACGUCAAUUUCGUCGAAGCGUUAGGAGAUGUCGCAUCACGAGACGCCAGUGGAAACACGCAGGCAGCAACCCUAGGAGACGUAACCAACCUCCCGCUGCGCAAAGGCGCACCGCCCGAGUUCGAAGGCGACACGAACCCCAAGACGGGGGAAGUAGGAGGACCUAAGAAUGAGCCGCUACGGUGGGGCAGUGGGGGGGACUGGAGUUACAACGGGAGGGUUACUGAUUUUUAAGCGCCCUGAGCAGGGAAAACAAAACCAAAAAGGCAGAGGCUUCAUGGGAGUCCUAGACGGGGUGGAGGGGGGUACUACGUAGGCCACACAAUGAUGAGUUGGCAAUUGUUGCUGGGAAGC